UCCCUCUCUGACCGUAGACUUUCGAAGCCCGCCGUAUUUACCCUUGCGUGACUGUUUUCGUUUUUGUACUGUGCACCUCGAAAAGACUUUUUUCACUUUCUUACGAGCCAGCCAUAAGCCUCCCAGUUGUUGUGCAUCAUUGUCCUUUCCCUCCUUACCUUCCCACCUCACACCGCUCGCAAACUGUCUGCAACAGCAGCAUCGAAGAUGGGUUCAACCACCAACCCCAGCUACGCCCUCUCAGAGGCUCACAAGGAGAUGCUCGAAAAGUCCUUGGUCGAGUCUGAUCCUGAAAUCGCCGAGAUCAUGAAAAAAGAAAUCAAACGUCAACGAGAGUCCAUCAUCCUCAUUGCCUCCGAAAACGUCACCUCCCGCGCCGUCUUCGAUGCCCUCGGAUCGCCCAUGUCCAACAAGUACUCUGAAGGAUACCCCGGAGCAAGAUACUACGGAGGAAACCAACACAUUGACGCGGUUGAACUCACAUGCCAGGCGAGAGCUUUGAAGGCCUUCCACCUCGACCCUGAGAAAUGGGGAGUCAACGUGCAACCACUUAGUGGCAGCCCGGCGAACCUGCAGGUUUACCAGGCCAUCAUGCGCCCCCACGACAGACUGAUGGGUUUGGACUUGCCUCACGGUGGACAUUUGAGUCACGGAUACCAGACACCGCAGAAGAAGAUCUCAGCCGUGUCGACCUACUUCGAGACCUUCCCAUACCGAGUCAACCUCGAAACCGGCAUCAUUGACUAUGACCGACUGGAAGAGAACGCUCAGUUGUAUAGACCCAAGUGCCUCGUUGCCGGAACCUCUGCUUACUGCAGACUGAUUGACUAUGCCCGAAUGCGCCAGAUCGCCGACAAGGUCGGAGCAUACCUGAUCGUGGACAUGGCUCAUAUCUCCGGUCUCAUUGCCGCAGGAGUCAUUCCUUCGCCUUUCGAGUAUGCUGACGUUGUCACGACCACUACCCACAAGUCCCUGCGUGGACCUCGUGGAGCCAUGAUCUUUUUCCGCAAGGGAGUGCGCAGCACCGACCCCAAGACUGGCAAGCAGGUCCUUUACGACCUCGAAGGACCCAUCAACUUCUCCGUCUUCCCUGGUCAUCAAGGCGGUCCCCACAACCACACCAUCACUGCUCUUGCCGUUGCCCUCAAACAAGCUGCCACCCCCGAGUUCCGCGCGUACCAAGAACAAGUAGUCAAGAACGCAAAGGCUCUGGAGAACGAGUUCAAGGCUCUCGGCUACAAGCUUGUAGCAGAUGGCACUGACUCGCAUAUGGUCCUGCUUGAUCUCCGUCCUCAAAGCCUUGACGGUGCGCGAGUUGAGGCUGUUCUGGAGCAGAUCAACAUUGCCUGCAACAAAAACAGUAUUCCAGGUGACAAGUCGGCCCUGACUCCCUGCGGUAUCCGUAUUGGUACACCAGCAAUGACUUCUCGAGGGUUUGGUGAGGAAGACUUCAAGCGUGUUGCUCAGUAUAUCGACCAGAGCAUCAAGCUAUGCAAGCAGGUCCAGGGUGGUUUGCCCAAGGAAGCCAACAAGCUGAAGGACUUCAAGGCUGCAGUUGCCAGUGACACUGUGCCUGAGAUUCAGAAGCUCAGACACGAGAUUGCGGACUGGGCUUCAACUUUCCCUCUCCCCGUGUAGACUGGUUUCCCAGGUAAAAAGGCUAAACAGGCCAUACCAUGGGAUUGCGGCGUUUCGGGGAUGUGAGCGGAAAAAUUCUUUCAACGGCUAGGAUUUCUGGGUGGGCUGAACCAAAAAAGCAGCGUAUCUUCAACGAUACCCCCAAGCCCGUGAGUGGGCAUGUAGAUUUUGCGGGUGAAAAGUGCCAUGGCCUUGUCGUGUCGUGUCGUGUCAUGCUGUGAUUGUGCAAUGCAAUACCAACUCAAUUCCGCAUCUUGAA